AUGAUCUAAGACGAGAGGAAGCGAGACCAAGCCAAGAACAGCCUCUCUUUUUUUUGUCACGGGAAGGCGUCCGAGUCUCUGCCCCGAGGAUGCCCACCUCCAACCCUCUGGCAGAUGAAUUUUGGGUUGAAGGCUCUCGAAGGGAUUCCACCCUCCAAGAUUUCUACCUCAUGGGCCCAGAGCUGGGCAGGGGUGCCACGUCGGUGGUAUUCAGCUGCGAGGAGAAAGGGACUCAGGUCCAGUAUGCAGCCAAAAUAUUGAAGAAGACGAUUGACAAGAAAAUCGUCAGAACUGAAAUCGGUGUUCUGCUGAGGCUCUCGCACCCUAAUAUUAUCAAACUCAAAGAGAUCUUCGAGACCCCCACGGAGAUUGCCCUCAUCCUGGAGCUGGUGACAGGUGGUGAGCUCUUUGACAGGAUCGUCGAGCGAGGUUUCUACAGCGAGCGGGACGCAGCACAUGUAGUCAAACAGAUCCUAGAUGCCGUCUGUUACUUGCAUGCGAACGGAGUGGUCCACCGUGACCUGAAACCUGAGAAUCUCUUGUACGCAGAUCUAUCCCCAGACGCUCCUCUGAAAAUCGGUGAUUUUGGAUUAUCUAAGAUUGUGGACGAGCAGGAUACCAUGAAGACGGUGUGUGGCACCCCGGGAUACUGUGCCCCCGAAAUCCUCCACGGCUCGCCGUACGGCCCUGAAGUGGACAUGUGGUCCGUAGGCGUCAUAACGUAUAUCUUGCUGUGCGGCUUUGAACCAUUCUUCGACCCAAGAGGAGACCAGUACAUGUACAGCCGGAUCCUCAACUGCGACUACGAGUUCGUCUCUCCCUGGUGGGAUGAAGUGUCUCACAAUGCCAAGGACCUGGUUCAGAAGUUGAUCGUUUUAGACCCCCAGAAGAGACUGACGGUCCAACAGGCGAUGGAGCACCCCUGGGUCACGGGCAAAGCCGCCAAGUUUGCUCACAUGGACAGCACGCAGAAGAAGCUGCAGGAGUUCAACGCGAGGCGGAAGCUGAAGGCUGCUAUGAAGGCUGUGGUGGCCUCCAGCCGCCUCGGCCACCACGGCCACCACGACAGUUCCCGAAAUGGACGUCACCACCAGGAACAUGCCAAAGAGCCGUGCUCGGUCCAGGGAGCAGAGAGCACGCCAGUCCUCGAAGACAAACUUUACAAGAAGAAACCGUCCGGGUCCGGCGUACAAGACCCCUGUGCAACGGCUCCUUUGGCCAAGAUGGAAAGGCUGGACGCAUCACCAAGUGAGGGCGCCGUCCCCCUGGCCGUGAUGCUCAACGGCUCCAGCUGCAAAAGUUAACCCUGCUAAACACGGGCGCUUUGCUCUUGCCAGCGGCUGAGGGGGGUGGUAAAGCCUAUCCUCACCAGAGAUAGGAGAAAUAAUCGCCAUCAUAAUGAAAGCCACCUGCCGGAUUGAGAGAGCAUUCAGACGAAGGAGCGGCCUGUACCGAAAGCUAGUUACGAGGAAGCCGUGUUGUAGUGUGUAGCUUCACUGACGGAGGAUCCUGCGUGUUGAAGAGGAGUUUGCCCUGUUCUACAGCGUUACCCUCCCCUCUUUCAUGUCUUCUUUCCAGAACAUUUAAGGCAGCAACUUAAA